AUGUUCAAUGCAAAAUAUAAGCUGCUCAAAGCAUUUUGGAUACUAGCCAACAUAGUUAUCUUGGCAUCCGCGACUCUGAGCAAUGGAAAACUAGGAGAAUUUGAAGAAUACCAAAAGUUCACGAACGAGUCGCUAUUGUGGGCACCAUAUAGGUCCAAUUGUUACUUUGGAAUGAGACCUAGGUAUGUUCGUGAUAGCCCGCUAGUGUUGGGUAUCAUGUGGUUCAACAGUUUGAGUCAGGAUGGUUUGCAUUCAUUAAGACAUUUUGCUACCCCUCAAGACAAAUUACAGAAGUAUGGCUGGGAAGUUUAUGACCCAAGAAUUGGUGGCAAAGAAGUCUUUAUUGAUGAAAAAAACAACCUGAAUUUGACGAUAUACUUUGUGAAGAGCAAAAAUGGGGAAAAUUGGUCAGUGAGAGUUCAAGGCCAGCCUUUGGACCCCAAGAAACCAUCUACGGCGUCUGUCGUGCUAUAUUUCAACCAAAAUGGUGGAGAAAUAGAUGGUAAAUCUUCUGUCGCAAUGAUAGACCGAGAGGGACCUAAUGAUCUGAGAUUUUUGGGGUAUUCUGAAGAAUUAGGCGAGUAUCAUCUUACGGUGAAAGACAACUAUGGUCACUAUUUCAACAAUCCAGCAUAUGAAACAAUGGAAGUGGCACCAGGAAGCGACUGUUCCAAAACAAGUCACUUGUCACUUCAAAUCCCAGAUAAUGAAGUUUGGAAAGCUCGCGAUGUUUUCCAAUCACUGGUGAGCGAUUCAAUACGUGAUAUACUUGAGAAGGAAAAGACAAAGCAGCGUCCGGCCGAUUUAAUACCAAGUGUCUUAACUAUUAGAAACUUGUACAAUUUUAAUCCUGGAAACUUCCAUUAUGUACAAAAGACAUUUGAUUUGAGUAGAAAGGAAGGUUUUGAAUUUGAUAUUACUUAUAAUAAACUUGAAACGACUCAAAGUAUCUCCACAAAAGAACAAAUUACAGAGUUGAUCACUUGGUCACUAAACGAAAUAAAUGCACGUUUUGACAAGCACUUUAGUUUUACAAAAGGACCAGAUUCGAUUGAAAACGUUGAAAUUAAAAGAAGGUUUGCUUUGGAGGCGCUAUCGAAUUUGUUAGGGGGGAUUGGUUAUUUCCAUGGGAAACAACUAGUUGAUCGUGAAACUGAAUUUGAUGAAAGCCAAUUUACUGAGAUCAAAUUAUUGAAUGCAAAAGAAGAGGGACCCUUUGAAUUAUUUACCAGUGUUCCAAGCCGUGGCUUCUUUCCACGUGGAUUUUAUUGGGAUGAAGGUUUCCAUCUUUUACAAAUCAUGGAGUAUGAUUUUGAUCUGGCUUUUGAAAUCUUGGCAAGUUGGUUUGAAAUGAUAGAGGAUGAUAGUGGCUGGAUUGCUCGGGAAAUUAUUUUGGGUGAUGAAGCAAGAAGUAAAGUCCCACAGGAAUUCCAAGUACAAAACCCUAAUAUUGCCAAUCCGCCAACUUUAUUGCUUGCAUUUAGUGAAAUGCUCUCCAGAGCUAUUGAACAAAUCGAUGAUUUCGGCAGUGGCAGUUACAAACAAGAAAUGUUUAACGGAAGAACAAGCAAGUUUAUGACAAACAACCUGGAGGAAAAUUCUGAUUUACUAGCCGAGUACGCCAAGAAAAUUUAUCCUAAACUACUAAAGCACUAUAGUUGGUUCAAAGAAUCCCAAGCAGGACUUAUUGACGAAUAUGCGGAAAUAUUGGAAGAUGAAGGAAUAUGGGACAAGAUCCAUAAGAAUGAAGUUUAUAAGUGGGUCGGGCGAACCUUCACUCAUUGUCUACCAAGUGGUAUGGAUGAUUAUCCUAGAGCACAACCACCUGAUAUAGCAGAAUUGAAUGUGGACGCCUUAGCAUGGGUGGGAGUCAUGACAAGAUCCAUGAAACAAAUCGCUCACGUCCUGAAAUUGACAGAAGAUGAGGAAAGAUAUGCACAAAUUGAACAAAAUGUGAUAGAAAACUUGGAUCGAUUGCAUUGGAGUGAAAAAGACAACUGCUAUUGUGAUAUCAGCAUCGAUCCCGAAGACGAUGAUGUUAGAGAAUUUGUGUGUCAUGAGGGUUACAUAUCCUUAUUGCCCUUUGCAUUGAAGCUUAUCCCCAAAGACUCACCCAAGCUAGAGAAAGUAGUUGCCUUGAUGAGUGAUCCGCGAAAAAUAUUCUCUGAGUAUGGGCUACUCUCUUUGUCAAGACAAGACGAGUAUUUCGGUAAAGAUGAAAAUUACUGGAGAGGCCCAAUAUGGAUGAACAUCAAUUACUUGUGCCUUGACGCAAUGAGAUACUACUACCCUGAUGUGAUUCUUGAAAUGGCUGGUGAUGAUGGUACUGCGAAGAAACUAUACCAAAGUUUAAAGACUAAUCUUAGUAACAACGUUUACAGAGUUUGGAAAGAACAAGGAUAUUGUUAUGAAAAUUACAGUCCUGUAGAUGGUCAUGGUACCGGUGCUGAGCAUUUUACAGGUUGGACAGCACUGAUCGUUAACAUCCUUGGGCGUUACUGA